CUUAAGAACCCCCGAAAUUCCCAAAUCUCAUCCAACUUUCGAAACAGAACACAAAAGUCAAGAACAUAGAGAGAAAUAGAUGGAUCGAACAAAGUCUGCAAAGGUAUCUCUGUUUGCUGUUUGGACAAUACUCCUUGUCUUAAAUGUGAACGGCCAAUCAGGUUGUGAUACCCACAGGUUCGCCAAUAACAUCGCUUUCACCUCUUGCACUCCCCUCGCGGCCCUUGGCUCGUUCCUUCACUGGAACUACAACGGCCAAAACAGUACCGUUUCAAUUGCCUAUCGCCACCCGGGAACUUCCUCUUCUUCAUGGAUUGCUUGGGGACUUAACCCAAGCGGGGCUCGGAUGUUGGGGACGCAAGCUCUCGUCGCAUUCACCAAUUCUAGUGGACAAUUCCAAGCAUAUACCUCUUCGGUCGAUGACCUCAACACCCAGCUGCCACCUGGAAGCCUUAGUUUUGGGGUCAGCCUCGUCUCCGCGACUCUGGUCAACGGAGAGGCUACCAUUUUUGCGACUCUUGAGUUACCGGCCAAUUUGGUCAUGACCAACCAGGUUUGGCAAGAAGGUCCGGUCGCUAAUGGUGUUCCUCAGAUUCAUCAAAGAACAGGAGAUAAUAUCAGAUCGAUAGGUAGGAUCGAUUUCAGGACAGGUCAGUCAUCGGCUAGUGGUGGAGGUUCUGGUAACAGGCUGAGGAGGAGAAAUACACACGGAAUACUAAAUGCGGUUAGCUGGGGAGUGCUAUUGCCGAUGGGAGCAAUGAUGGCUCGGUACAUGAAAGUCUUCACCGCCCCAACCUGGUUCUACCUCCACAUCGUCUUCCAAGUCUCCGGCUACGUCAUUGGUGUAUCCGGCUGGGCUACAGGUAUCAAGCUUGGCAACGAUUCACCAGGCACAUCUUACUCAACCCAUCGUAACCUUGGGAUAGCGCUUUUCACAUUCGCUACACUUCAAGUAUUUGCUCUGCUUCUAAGGCCAAAGCCAGACCACAAGUAUCGAUUCUACUGGAAUGUGUACCAUCACACAGUGGGAUACGCAACAAUUAUCCUAUCCAUUAUUAACAUCUUUAAAGGAUUCGAUAUCUUGGAUCCAGAAGAUAAAUGGCGAUGGGCUUAUAUUGGAAUUCUCAUCUUUCUUGGUGCCUGCGUCGUGAUUCUUGAGCCACUUACUUGGUUUAUCGUUCUUCGCCGUAAGAGCCGUGGAGGUAACACAGUUGCUGCACCGAUUUCAAACAAGUACUCCAGUGGCGUCAAUGGUACCACUAGCACCACCGGGCAGCAUCACCAAGACGCCUAGUUUCACUUUUCUUUCAGUACUUGUUUGUUCUACUUCUACCCAUUUUUGGAUUUUUUUUUUCAGUUUGAGAUCUUUUAGGCCUAUGCAUGUAUUAUGAUUUUAUUCAUUGUGUUAGAGGUAUAUUAAUUUACUGUGUAAUUAAUCAUUUAUAUGUGUGUUUCGUAGUUGUUCUGUGCUUCAUGUAUACUUUGUACUUGAAUAACGUUUUGAGAUUAUAGUA